UUGCUGGAGGAGCGGAUGGUCUACUCUAAUGCGCAGCUGCUUCCUUCUGCGUUUCCAGGAAGUGGCAGCGAUGCGGCCUCCCUGCUGACCAGCGCACAGCGCAAAGGCGACCACUAUGUCCUCAAUGGUUCCAAGGCCUUCAUCAGCGGUGCGGGCGAGUCAGACGUGUACGUGGUCAUGUGCCGCACUGGGGGAAAGGGACCCAAGGGCAUCUCCUGUCUGGUGGUGGAGAAGUCUACACCUGGAUUGAGCUUUGGAAAGAAGGAGAAGAAGGUAGGCUGGAACUCACAGCCAACACGUGCCGUCAUAUUUGAGGACUGCGCUGUGCCAGCAGCCAAUCGACUCGGUCAGGAGGGCGAGGGAUUCAACAUUGCAAUGAAGGGCCUCAACGGAGGCAGGAUUAACAUCGCGUCCUGCUCCCUGGGUGCCGCCCAUGCCUCUGUCCAGCUGGCCAGGGAACACCUGACUGUGCGGAAGCAGUUUGGGGAGACGCUGUCUAAGAGCCAGUUCCUGCAGUUCCGCCUGGCUGAGAUGGCGACCCGGCUGGUGGCAUCGCGGCUGAUGGUGAGACAGGCAGCUGCCUCGCUGCAGGAGGGCCGGGACGACGCUGUGGCCCUCUGCUCCAUGGCUAAGCUCUUUGCUACGGAUGAGUGCUUCACGAUCUGCAACCAAGCUCUCCAGAUGUUUGGGGGCUAUGGUUACCUCAAAGACUACCCUGUCCAGCAGUUUGUGCGAGACCUCAGGGUGCACCAGAUUCUGGAAGGUACAAAUGAAGUGAUGCGUAUGAUCAUCUCCAGGAGCCUGCUGACAGACUCGUAAGCUGUGCUACCUAAACAGGACUCCAUCUCUGACAUCACUGUGUGGGAGGAACAUUUAGCUCUCAGUUGUCAUAUAGUGAUAAAUAUAGAAAUGUCCCUUCAGUGUUUUGCAGUGAAUAAUGUCAAGAAUCUUGCACAAACUAAGCUACAGUCUUCACUGGUCCUACGGCUCUGAUGCUGGGUUUGGGAUUGACGCCACUUAUCGUCACCUCAGCAUUUUUCAAUAAAAUCAUCAGUUUUAGUACAUUUUCGGUUGACUUUCCUCCUAUGAAGUCUCUCCUCUUCAGUUUUAGCAACUUCAUCCAUGUCUCUGAAAACAGUUCAUAGUGUAUUAUGAUUUACACACACUUUCCCACAUCCCUUAAUUUUGGUUGUCCACCUUCUGUUCUCCUUGUUUUAGGGUCUCUUUAAUCCUUGUUUAAAAGAUGAAAUCUGUGUAUGUUUACUUUAGUAGUGCUGUAGGAGUGUGGAGAUGUCUAGGUUCUGUAAUUCUUGGUUGAAAGGGGUUGUGACUGAUGUACAGUAAGAUGGACACGGAGGGUGAGGCCUGUCAUUGCUCGAGUGUCUAGCACUUGUACUUGUAUAUGAUGAUUGUACUUGUUCUACACCCUAAGAUAAUCACUCAUAUGCAUGCUGCUGUUUGUUUAUAUUAAUGAUCACACGGUCAAAACGUAGGUCAAUUAAGUAUGAUCUUUAUUCAUACUUUUGUUACCAGCAUCUGGAAAACAGCAUUAAAAACUCACAAAAACACAA